UCAUAUUUAUUAUGAGAAAGAAAAAAAUAUUAAAAGCUUUUUUUUUUUUUUUUUUGGUAAAUGUUUAUCAAUUUAGUGGGACUGUUUUAGGCUAGCAAUAUUUGUCCAGUCUCUCUAAGAUGCAUUUUAAAGAUUCCUACACAAAUGUCAGUAAUUUGGGAGGUACACUCUGUUUUCUGAGGCGAGGGGGGAUCGGCUCUUUGCGUCGUGUUCAUAUUCAAACGAGGUACUUUCUUCAAUCGCGGACCCGUCAAAGACCCGGCCCCUCUCGUCUUCCCCAGGUUACUGUAGCGAGCGUCCAUUUUGUCUCCUCGUUCCUGGUCUGUACCUGUGGCCACGCCUCUCGGUGGGGGCUCUCCUGUCACCAUGGCAUCAGUGGAGCAGGAUUACCUCUUUUUAACCUUUUUAAAAAAAACUAUCCAUAAUUCUUUCUGUGCCCCGAUAGAAAGAGAGCAUGAAUUAUUUUUAAAUUCCUCUCACUUUGAUAUAUUGUUAUAUCUUAACGGAUUUGUAAUUUGACAUUGUGUAUUGUGUAUUUUUAUUUUAUUUUGUUUUUUUCCUUUUUCUGGUUCCUUAUUUUCGGGGGGUUGUUAUAGCUCUGCUGUUUUGUUUUUGUUUUGUUUUUUUUUCUGCUAGUGGUCUCUGAAGCUGUGUGUGAUUGUCUAAUAGCAAUGAGAAUCACAGAGUUGGAACAUUCCAAUUUCUGUGAAUGGAACGUUCUGAUUCUGUGAAUGAACGUAGCCCUUUCUGUGCGGUUGUGGGGGCGGGGCAUGUUCUAACCCCGCCCCCCAGCAGAGGGCCAUUCAGUCGCUGUUAUUGCUAUUAUGUGACAUGUUCAAAUACCUUUUUUUUUCCUUUCUUUUUUUUUUUUUUUUUUUUUUUUUUUUUAGCCUGCAGGGAAUUCUUGUGUUAAUGUGCAAAGUAAUAAAUUGGUAUUUUAUGCCUAUAACACAUCUGGUGUGUUCUUCUCAUUGAUAACAGAUGAUGUGUUAAACUUUCCUCACAGAGCUGCUUGAACGAUAAACACCAAAGCCUCCACAUGCACGCCUUUAGUCACUAGAUGGCAUUCUUUACCCAAGUAAAUGAGAUCACAUGAUCACUUGAGAGCAGUGAAACAUUAAUGAUCUGCCAUAUUUCCUCACAUCUGCACUUUUUUAAGAACAGCUGAUGCUUUUUAUCCCAACUUACUUUCAUAUGAUGUGAAACAAAGUUCCUUUUUUAAAGGGUGAGUCUACCAGUUUUACACAUGAAAGUGUGCCUGCACGUCUUGGGGAAAACUACUACGUAUGUUGGAAAAAGUAGUAUAAAGCCUAAAGUGCCUUCAGUGAUGUCACAUAGUUCCUAAAGUGCAUUGUGGGUAUGGCAGGCACGUUAUCAGAUUACAUGUAGCUUUCUCUGGAGCCACAAAAGGCUUUAGUACUUCUAGUAGAAGGUAGUACUCUCCAAAACCUUUUUAAACACACUUCAGUGUGUAAAAUUAGUGAUGCGUACACAUAAAAGGAUAUCUCCAACCAAUUUUACAAGUAGGUAAAGUAGUAAGUAUAUUUAGUCCAGCUUGUCUGUCACUGGUGCUCUCUCUCCCUCUAAACUCUAGAGAGCCAGCCAGGUGAGAAAUAACUUUAUAAAUCAAAAUACAGUCAGAGCAGGUACAGCUCACAUAGCUGUUCAAUAUUUGAUAAUGUUAUGAUCAAUUAUAUCUGAUAAAUAUCUAAUGUAAGUGGACUACUACCAGCAGUCCACGCACACACACAGAGGUUUCAGGCUUAAGAAAAUUCAGAAAUCUCCUGCUUCUCCUACUUAAUGCUUAAAGUGAUCCACAUGACAUCAUUUACUAUGAAAGAUCGAAUAGAGCAAACUGUAUAAAAUGAAUGAAAUUAAAUUAUUGGUAUCAGAGAACAUUUAGUUGUGAGUAAACUUCUGUUGAUGUCUGACCUUUUCAUGGAGGUAUUGAGAAAGCAAAAUUCAUUAAAACAGAACUUUAUCUUGCAUUUUCCAUAAAUGUGUUAACAUUCACAUUGGACAUCAACAUUCAAGUCUUGACAUUGUUUUGAAAUGAGGUUUUUUCAAUACUUUCCUUUUUCUGUCUGUAAGGCACCACUGAAUACCAACAAACCCCUAUGUGGUGACAUGACCACAACAACAUGGUGUAAACAGUUCAAUAAAACUCAACCAUUCCUCUCUUUCAAACCAAACAUCAGGCUGCCUGGUGUUACCUGCGCUGUAACUUCACUACAGCUCUGUGUUGUGCCUCUACAGGCAAACAUCUGUCUGUUUGCUCAGACCGGUCGGCCAUCAUUGGUAUGUGUCACCUUCCUCUGCUCCCCCCUCUUGUGUAUCAUCCCCUCUCCCGUUUCCUGUUUCCCCGGCCGGUUGUCAUGGCCACAGUUACCAAGGAGAGCGGAGGCUACAGAAGAAAGGAAACCUGAACCACCGAUCUUGAUGCCACGAUAUUUAAUUCAUCGGCACAGUGGCACACCAAGGUUCAGUGUAAUGCAGAUGGAGCGAGAGCGGCCUCGGAUAGAAGGGAGAUUUCUGAAUAUGAAGACAAAGAGCUGCUGUCAGAUCCCUCUGUUACAUCCAGGGGAUAGGUUUUUUUUUUUUCUUUCUUUGCUCCUUUGGCUGUUUAUCUAAGAAGAUAUUGAUUAAAAAAAAACAUAAUAAAUCCACUAACACCAACCUUGUUUCAGCAAAAAUUUGACUGAAAUGGAAGAAUUCAGGGUUUUCAGGUAUUUCCUUUGUCUGGAUGACACACUGUUUGCAAUAAUACAACACAUGUGACUUUUCUUUUUUACCUGUGCAUUUUUUUCUCCCGUGGCUUUUGUGCAUUUCAACCAUCACUAUUGUUAGAAAAAAAAAAAAAGCCUCCUUUUGUGAGGCUGUUUCUCCCUUUUCACUGCGGACAAAGACGGGCCAAGUGAAAGCUAAAUUUUGAAAGCUCCUUUAAAAACACAUGUGAGUUUGUGCGGCACGAAGCGACACAAAGUGUGUAAUCCUCAUUGUAGAGGGCCCCCCCCCAUGUUGUCUUUGUGUUAACUGAUCCACCUACGGACAGCUCUCCAUCCUCGUCCAUCCCUCCCUCCCUUCUUUUGUUGUCUCACCCUCUUUUGCCCUCGCACCCUCCCUCCCGCAUCGCUGGGGGAUUUUUUUUUUUCCUGGGGUUCAGUGUUUCUCUCGCAGGUUUGACCGUCAACAACCGAAGAUGGAAGGGAGUGAGCCAAUGCUCUAUUUUCCCAGAAGUCUCAUUACGCGAACCUGAUUUUUUAUUUAUACCCUCAUUGGAACUGCACUGACCCAUUUGGGCUGCACCGGAGGAAGCGGUUGGGUGGGGGGGAGGGCGAAGUCUGAAGUGGCCUCAUCAAGGCUUGGACCUCAGCGCCGUUUUAUUGUCAACAAGGAGACACUUCAGCCAGCAGCAGCAGCAGCAGCAGCAGCAGCAGCGUCUGAUGACGAGUCCUGCCUGCUGUUUUCCUCUGGAAACCUGCGCUGCGUUUUUUGGGAUUAGAGGAACAAUUAAGCCUUUAAAAUCUGCUCUGGAAUAACCUCUGUUGAUUGACUCUCGAGCAGCUGACUGUUCAUCUCCACGGGAUGUUCGUUUCAUUUACUCCACGGGAGCUAAACACUGGAUUUCUGUCAACCAAGAGGUAAAAAAAAAAAAAGCGAUCGUGUCAUGACUAUUUUCAACCUUGAGGUGACAGGAUACACUCACAGCAACUUCAGUGGCCUCGAAUCCAAGUAUCAGGUUCUAUCGGUCUGAUCCAUCUCGGUAAGGCUACACCGAACCAGGAGUGUCACGCUGAAAAGGACCCCGCAGCUCAGCAACAGUUGAACCAGAGCUGAAGCCAAGGAGCCACUUCCCCAAAGAAAUUUGAGGAAAAAAACCUGGCUGAGAUCCAUUUCAUUCACAGGGCCCGGACUGCGAAGACCGAUCGAUCCUGCCUCUGUGGGGCUGCCACAGGUGGCUGCACAGCUAUCGGCUGCUCAAUAAUGCAUUGACUCGAGCUCGGGAAUGGAAAGCAGGAGAAAGUGUGUGAGCGUCUGAUGCUUUUGGAAAGGUGGAUAACCGUCGCGAGAAAGCCAGCGAUCGCUUCUGGAUAAUCGAGGACACGAGGAGGUGAAGAGAGUGAGCAGAUGUUGAAGAGGAAGAGGAAAAGAGAAGAAAAUGGCUGCUGAGAAAGUGACACUAGGGCAAAGACUGUAAGAGGCUUGAGCAAGAAAAAAAGGAAAGGGGGCAAGUAAACCAAAGGAGUAGACUUUAAAGACUAAAAGAAACUUUAGAACAUCAGAUAUCCCAUAAGAGGCGACAAAAGCAGACAAAGAGGAGCCACACAAAGGGAGGUCAUCAUGGUGAACACUGGCAUGCAGCUGAUCAGCUUCACCUGUGCGGUGACCGGCUGGAUCAUGGCGAUCGCCGUCACCGCCUUGCCUCAGUGGAAGGUCUCGGCCUUCAUCGGCAGCAACAUCCUGACCUCGGAGAUCAAGUGGGAAGGCAUCUGGAUGAACUGCAUCUACCAGACCACAGGUCACAUGCAGUGCAAGACAUACGACUCCAUGCUGGCCUUGCCUCCGGACAUCCAGGCUGCCCGCGCCCUCAUGUGCCUGGCCAUCUUCAUGGGCUGGCUCUCCUGCACCGUGUCCUGCUGCGGCAUGAAGUGCACCACCUGCGCCGGGGACGACCGCCGUGCCAAGGCGGGCAUCGCGCUCUCGGGCGGGGUCCUCUUCAUUCUGACCGGCCUGUGUGUGCUGAUUCCCGUUUCUUGGACUGCUAACACCGUCGUCCAGGAUUUCUACAACCCCAACGUGCCCUUGAUGCACAAAAGAGAGCUGGGCCAGGCUAUUUAUCUGGGCUGGGCGUCUGCGGUUAUCCUGAUGAUCAGUGGAGCCGUGUUGAGCAGCACCUGCCCCCUCAUGGAGAGGGGUGGCCGGUACCGCAGGGGCUACAUAGGCCGGAGCUUUGCGAAUUCGCCCGCUUCGGCGCCUGAUCCCCCAAAACCCAUCACGUCUAACAGUCUACCAUUAAAGGAGUAUGUGUAAGAGGAGGAUAAGGAAGUGUUAAAGCUGUC